CUUUACGAGCAGCUGCUACAGGGACACCAAGAUGGAAAUCCAGGGGCUUGCUGAUACCAAAAACACUCAGUACCAACAUGGCGCCUCGUUCAACACGACAUUCUCACAACAGACAACAGCUUCUGGUAUUCUUGCGAGACCACGGCUGAUUGGAAAUGCUAUCUCGGAUCUCUCGGGAUCGCUGGACAAAGAAAGUGACGACAACAACAACCGGGCCAGGUCGACACCGCUUCGAGUUGCAGAAAAUGGCAGCGGCUGCCUUCUGUCUCUUCAAAUCAGCCCUCAUAAGGCGUAUGAAGUUCAGUCCGGAGACGCAGAGCUCGGUGACGUGAACGUGUCCAAGCAAAAGGUGUUUAAUGAAUUGGAGCUACUGCCUUCAGAGUUUGAGAGGGCCGACGAACAUGAGGACAACGAUCUGCAAAUGGUGCUUCCUCUCCUGGACGCAGAAAACUGCGAACAAAAGCAGGCAACAGAGAAGAUUCUCGACGACACAUCUGCAUCUUCAAGCAGGAGCCCCGAGGAACUGUACGUGGUCUUUAAUAUAGUUCAUAAAGACAAGGAAAGACAAACGAGCGUUCAGUACAAAGCGGAAGAGAACGGUUCGUUGUCAAAGACCAUCAAUUCAUCAACAGACUCAGAAGGAAGCUUCAACAGAACGUCGUCAAAAUCAGGACAUUUGUCAAGCCAUAACAAUUUAAACUUGAGAUCUGAGAGAACGGAUCAAAAUGCCAGGCAGGAGAUCUGUCUAGUAGCAGAGAAUAGAAACCCAGUAUUAUCAGAGGACUUCGCUGGGACCUGUCAAACGCCAAACACAUCUACUGCGGAAAUGCUCAGCAGUAGUUUAGCCGAACAUUCAACAGAAGAAUUGAUGCAUUGUGUGGUGAAACAUAAUAGGCUUUCCACUGAUAUGAAUGAAAUGAAUAUCAUGGAAUAUGCAAAUCAAGAGUCUAGUAGUAAUGGGGAUUGUGGCCCUGAUGGGGGUGCAAUACCUGUGCAUGAAACGUUCUCUGGGACUAUCAUGAUUAACAAUCAGAACAUCAUAGUGACCAUUGAAAACGGGAUAUUAACUCUAGCCACCCCACCAGACAGCUACACGUACAAGGAUGAUGGUGUGAUGAGCUUAAAAGAACAUUUGGGUAUGAAGGACAAUGAAGAUCUCGUGCUGCUCAACUAUGACGGUGGAAGUAAAUCCAUUGGGAAAAUAAGCAAUGUUACCUCAAGUCUACAGGAUGAGCCUAAAGCUAGAUUCGCCAACAGUGAUUCAGAGUUGACUCUAGCUGAUGACUGUUCGCUAUCAGAAAUGGGUGUAACUCUAGACUCCUGCCCACCAAUAAAGCAAGAAGAAGGGAGUGUUUGUGCUGUAGAAUAUGAUAGCAGUAUUUGCCAAAAUUCAAACUGCAAACCAUUAACUUGUGAAGAACUACAGCCACUGAACCUUUUAACUGUGUCCGCCGGAUUGACCAAGAAAGUUUCAUUAGCGAAGUAUAGGUGUCCCCAGCCAGGCUGUUCCAGUACCUUUGAUACUCGUCAAAAUCUCAAAAUCCAUCUGGUUGUACACACAGAGGACCAGCGUCCCUUUAAGUGCACAGUAGAGGGUUGUGAUUGGUCUUUCACAACGUCAUACAAAUUGAAACGCCACCUUCAGUCUCAUGACAAAGUGCGCCCUUAUAAAUGUGAAUGGGAAAACUGUGGUCGCCGUUUCACCACUGUCUACAAUCUAAAAGCUCAUGUCCGAACUCAUGACCAGGAAAAUGCAUUUGUCUGUGAAGUAUGUAGUGAAAGGUUUCGCACCGCCACAAGACUCAGUAAUCAUCAAAGAACACACUUUGAACCCGAAAGACCACAUAAGUGUGAGUUCCCAGGAUGUGAGAAGACCUUCAUCACUUUCAGUGCCCUGUUCUCACACAACAGAACCCACUUCAGAGAAAUGGCUCAGUUCACCUGCACCUAUCCCGGCUGUGAUAAGCGAUAUGACAAGGCAUGUCGGCUCAAAAUACAUCUCCGCAGCCACACAGGUGAAAGACCUUUUGUUUGUGAUUUUGAUUCCUGCGGCUGGACUUUCACAAGCAUGUCAAAAUUACUGAGGCACAAACGGAAACACGAUGAUGACAGACGUUUUGCAUGUCUAGAGGAAGGCUGUGGGAAAUCCUUCACACGGGCCGAGCACUUGAAGGGCCAUAGCAUCACACACCUGGGUACAAAGCCUUUUGAAUGCCCUGUUGAAGGUUGUAAUGCCAAGUUUUCAGCUCGUAGUAGCCUCUACAUCCAUUCUAAGAAGCACAAGCAGGAUGGAGUCAGUCUGAGAAGUCGCUGUCCGGUUGCAGGUUGCACCAAACACUUCUCAUCACGAAGCAGCCUCAAGACACACAUGCUAAAGCAUCACAACCUCAGUCCAGAUGUGUUGAGUCAGUUGGAUGACGCAGCCACUCUCACACCCAGCAGUGAGCUGACCAGCACUUCACAGGCCGUCAGUGCCCCCUCAGGACCUGCAGGAGCAGAACUCAGCAGUCUGGACCUGUCCUCCCUCUUCUCCAGCAUCCCUGCAUGUUCAGGCAGCGCUGCUGUUUCUGUCGGGAGUGACGGGAGCUCUGGGCCAGGAUCCUUCUCCAUGGACAUACCUUUGGUUAACACCGGAAUCCUCACAAUAGAUCCAGCAUCAGUUGGAUCGGCCCUAACUGGAACAAAAACUGUGGAUCCUCUCAUUUUAGCAGCUGGGCAAGAUAUGGGUGUGCAUGUACUAGACACCGGAUUGGGCACUGGAGGAGGUGGAGGGGUUUUGCCUCAUGCCACAUUGCAUUUAGAUGAUGUGCAAACAGUCAACCCAGAAGAAUUGGGAACGCUAACUGCUUUAAGCAUUCAAAGAACUCCAUCUUCAGAACAACUCCACACUAUGAAUUCCUGUAAUCCCCUGACUGUUGAAUCACCAUCUACUCUUACCCCAUCCCUCUCUUCAUCGCUCACUCGGUCUCUUUCCUCACUGACAUCGACUCUUCCUCCAGCACUCAGUUGCUCUCUUGUUCCAUCUCUCGCCGCUCCUCUGACUUCCGCCAUGACUCUGGCAGCAGCCCCUGUACAGGAGUUACUUUCUACGCAGGUCAAGGCUGACCUGGCAGGCAGUGAGACGUCGGUGGGACCCUUGCUAAGCAGGGUGGAGGUCAUGCCUCAGUCAGAUAGCAGUAAGGGGAUGUGUCAGUUUGUGUUCCCCAGUCACAGUGGAUCCUACAGUGGGCCGAAAAUAACUGAAAUACCCUCAGUCACCCCCUGCUCCGUGAUGGAAAGCAGUGGAUCAGCGCGCACCGAUUACAGGGCCAUUCAGCUUGCCAAAAGGAGGAAACAGAAAGGCUCGAACACUUCUACAUGUGCCUCAGAGACGCCCCAAAGAAAGACUAAAGUAUCAAAGAGCACCAGCUCUGCUCUGCCGACUAAUUCAAGUGCUCAUUUUGGAGAAGGAGCUGCUGCAGGAAAUGGUGAGCUGCCCAUCCGGGAUCCAGUGACAGGCACACAGUUUGUACAGAUUCAGCUGCUGCAGGAUGACCCUGCUGCUGAUGGAGACUUGGCUUUCCAGUUGAGUUCACAGACCUCAUGUUCACACUCUCAGCUUACUGUGGAUCUGCCUGUACACAUCCUACAGGAACCCACAGUUUUGGCUGAAGAUGAAAGUGGAUCUGACAACUCUCAAUUUACUGGUAGCACCAUUAACCUUCAAGACUUGGAGUGAUGGGAGAAACAUGAGGUGCUACAUGAGGACUUUUUAUGAUGGGCUGUUUCUGUCAUUCUUUCUUUA